AAACAAUAGUUGAAGAUGUCCAGCAAAACAGCAAGCACCAGCAACCUCGCCCAGGCCAGGAGGACAGUGCAACAGUUGAGAAUGGAAGCCUCCAUCGAGAGAAUAAAGGUUUCAAAGGCGUCAGCGGACCUCAUGUCCUACUGUGAGGAGCAUGCCAGGAGCGACCCUUUGCUGAUAGGGAUACCGACCUCAGAAAACCCUUUCAAGGAUAAAAAAACUUGCAUCAUCUUAUAGAGGAACGCUGAAAUGGCUCCUCGCCUCUUCUCAACAAAGCAAAUUGUGAGCAGCUCCUUGGAAGAAAUUUACUUUCAGCUUAUUUGGUAACCACUGCUAAUAACUAAAAUACUCUAACUUGG